AUGGUCGUAAUUCUAAACAUCAAAGUUCGGCUAGUACUUUUCCUGAUUAUAUGGCUGCUAGUGAUCAUUGCAUUCGUGCACAUCUUUUACCAUAAGAAUCUCGCAAUUAAUCCCGACCAAGCUAAUCUCUCACCAAACCAACAGCAAACCCUUGAAAUAUUACCAUCCUUUCACGAGCAGUCGCAACCGUCGACCACAAAGACAUCCACCGCCAUCCCAGUACAACAAUUUAAAGAUGUCGAGACUCGUAUUCACCAAGAAUUCACCGUUGAUCCUGAUGAAAAAUUUUUAGCAUACUUCACCCACAGUGGAUUUCACAAUCAACGUGUAGCGCUGAAAAAUGCAUUACUACUCGCCAAACUAUUAAAUCGUACAUUAUUAAUGCCGCCGGUAUUAUUUGGGCCGCCAUUGUCGUGGUCAAGGUUUGACAAGAUGUACAAAAAACUGAACAUUUUCGUCAAGACAGGUUUGAAGCAUUGUAUGGAAAUACCAAACGAGAUUCCGUUACCUGCCGAAUGUUUGAAUUACUUUUCAUUCACGACCGUAUCCUGGGAUUUCUUAUUCAACAUGAAUCCUCUUAGAAAAUGGCACAAGAUCAUAUACAGAUGGGAAUCCUCCUAUGAAUGGCUGAGACAAAAUCUUCAUGUUAAUCUGGAUGAAGAUGUUCAUUUCAUAAAGGAUACCACAUUGUUUGACUACCAAAUCCAUGACUCAUCGGAUAAUCAACCUCUAAGCAGCGUAUUUAAGAGGAAACUUGAUGUCGAGGAGUUGGCGGCAGUUGAAAAAAGAGUAAUACACCUGGGUUCGCUUUUCGGGUCGGCUAGAAUGGCAAUCGAGAAACCGGAUAACUUAAGGCACGCUGAAUUCAUCAAAAGGUACCUUGUCCCUCACAACCCAAUAAUUCUUCGUACGGCCGAUCGUAUUAUCGAACAGUUGGGGGGAGUCGGAAACUUCAUCGGACUGCAUAUACGUGUGUCCGAUGGAUUUUUUAUGAAGACAGCACACCAAAACAUUGAUCAUAUGUAUCGUCUAAUAAUUGAAUCGGAUACGACGAAUUCUACGUCGAAAGAAUUAGAUAUUAUUGAAGAAGACGCACAUGAUCAAGACACCUUGACUGACAAUACGGUGACCUCUAAAGAACAACAUUCAUACGACAACGAGGCGGGAUCAGAAUUCCAUCAACAAUUAACCAAUCACAUCGAAUGUCACGGACCACUUCAUCCCACGAACGCCAGAAUCAAUACGGUGAUAUUCAUGGCCACUGAUGCAAGGUCUCCGAGAAAAAAUCCACUGCUGCAAAAAUUUUUCAGAACAUUUCCAUGCGUAUUUUUGUUGGAUGACUUUGAAAAGGAUUUGGCAGAGCUAAAAGCUGUGAGGAAUGUUGAGGAUAAAACGCCAUUGUCAAGAUUCUUGGUAGGUAUUCUGGAUGCUGUUAUCUCGGCAAAAGGAAAAGAAUUUUAUGGGACGCCAAAAUCCACGUUUAGCAAAUAUAUUAAAGACACACUACGUCCUGUGUACUUUGAUGAAGAAUUAAAUAGUUAG